UUCUGUAUGUUUUAUGGCCUUAUUUCAGUGACUUCAAAAUUUUAGUUUUUCACUAACCACGCAUAAACAUUGCUUUCUCAAAAACACAAUCAUGUACAUAAAUGCUGCUAACAUAUUAUUGUAGCUCAGUUUGUGCUGAUUACAGUGUUAUUAGACUUUAGCCAUGUAUAUGUUUAAAAGCAACUGAAAAAAGCACAAAUGUCAGGGCAUGUCAAAACUUCUCCAGGCCCCCAAAACACCCUCAGACAGCAAUAUUAGCAAUAGUGACUGAUUUUGCUCAACUUCAGCAAUGAAACUAGCUCUAAAAGAACCAUUUUGCUUUUCUAUACAACACACAGCAUGUGUUUAUCAAAAUAUCCUCGAGCACACCUGCAUAUUUUGCUAUAAAUCAACUCAUUUCAUACAUGGCAUGUAAACAAAACAAGCAUUGUUUGGUCAUUUUGCUAGUUGGUCAGUCAGUCACUUUCUGUCUGAGUGGGCGGUUCGUAGCCGGGAUAAACUGUGAUGUGCUUUAUAUUCAUCAGCAUGUUGGGAACCUCCUAAACUAGCAUUAAAGCACUUCAUCUCCGGCCCUUCAGCGAUAGAUUUUCACUGAAUAAACUUUGCUUCUCUUAGAAAAACAACAAUAAGUCAUGCUUAGACUUGACUCAGAAUCAGAAGAUGGUAGAAUCAGGUCUCGAUGUCUGUGAGGUCAUGGGCGUGAAGCAGGAAUUACUACAUGUCAACAGCACUUGUGUAACGCCGGUCCGCCUGUACAUACACGUCCCAGAGCGAGAGACCGCUGUCAUUACAAAGCUGGAAGGGCUUUAGCAAAGCCUAGGGGAACAGGAAACCAGCAGCAGACACAAUGACACAAGAUUAGUAACGAGUGAAGCCCCUAAACGUGACGUCAACACGACAGAAACCAGCCGUGCCCUUCCCAGCUUUCACAGGAACGUGAUGAAAGCCAGAGUGAAACAGCUCAGGUGAACUUCCUCAGUAUCUGAGAUCACACUGCCCAGAAGUUACGCUACCAGGUGUGACAUCAGCACAGACCAAACAAACGCCGAGCUUUAGGGAGGAGACACGGGUCAGACUCCAUCUGCACCUGCGGAGCUUCACCUGUUUGACAAUCUCUGGACUUUAACACUCAAGAUCUACGACGGACUCUGUACCGCAGAAGAAGAGCUCAAAAACAAGACAAAACUGUAAAGAUCUCUUGAGUUACGGUAAGAGAAAAUCUUUGUUUUGCCUUGAGCGACACUUCAGAUCACUUCCACUAUUUCACUUCCACUAUCGUUAAAUGGCGCUGCAUUUAUAAAGCCAUAAACUGGUUGCACUCUUAAAAAUGAAAGGUUCUUUAUUGGGCAUUUAUGGUUCCACGAAAAACCAACAUCCACGGAACUACUAAAGGUUCUUUAAACUAAAAAAAAAAUUUCUUCAGAUUAUCAAAGUAUAAGAAGAAAUGUUAUUUUCAGAACUGUUCACUGAAACAUUGUUUGUGGAACCAAAAACGGUUCUUCUACUCUUUCAAAAAUUUAUGUUUUUUAUUGGCGUCUUGGUUCCAUGAAGAACAUCUUCAACAUCGAUAGAAUCUUUCAACUAUGCAAAAGGUUCUUUAGACCAUUAAAGUGCUCUUCAAACCAAGAAAAUAAUGGUUCUUUGAAGAACUGAUUGCUGAAAGGUUUUUAGGAGAACCAAAAAUGGUUCUACUCUCUCAAAAAUGAAUGGCUCUUUAUUGGCAUUGAUGGUUCCAUGACGAUUCGUUACCAUUCAAGGAACCACUAAAGGUUCUUUAUAGUGAAAAAAGGUUCUUCAGAACAUUGAAAAUGUGCUUCACACUAAGAAGAAAUUGUUAUUUUAAGAACUGUUUACUGGAAGUGUUUUUAGGGAGCCAAAAAUGGUUCUUCUAUCAAAAAGGGUUUGUAGGUGUCUAAAAAGUUCUUAGCACUAAGAAAAAAUGGUUCUUUUAAGAACUGACCAUUGAAAGGUUCUUUAGGGUUCUUUAUAGUACAAAAAGGUUCUUUGCAUCAUUAAAGUGUGCUUCAAACCAAGAAAAUAAUGGUUCUUUGAAGAACUGAUUACUGAAAGGUUCUUUGGGCAACUGAAAAUGGUUCUUCUAAACAAAGGUUCUUCAUUAUUGGCUUUGAUGGUUCCAUGAAGAACCGUUAUUGUCCAAGGAACGAACAAAAGGUUCUUUAUAGUAGAAAAAAGGUUCUUUAGAUUAUUAAAAUCUUCUUCACACUAAGGAAAAAUGGUUAUUUUAGGAACUGACCACUUAAAGGUUCUUUGAGGAACCAAAAAUGUUUUUUCCAUUGCAUUCGCUACAAAAAACCCAGCUUUAUUUUUAAAACUGUAGCCAAAUUUAUGGCUUUAUAUAAAAGCAAUGCCAUAAAAUGAUGGUGAAAGUGAAAUAGUGGAAGUGUACAUUAUUCUCAAAAAGAUUUGCAUCAAUAUAACAUCCAUAUCAACAAAACAUGAUGAAUAUUUAGGGUUUUUGUAGCAGAAUAUCCAAUGCUAUUUAGAGAAUUGCUCCGUUCAACCUGUUUUAUAGCCUAACAAGUCUUGUCAUGUUAGCAGAAACUCCUCUAACGUUUGUUGGCAUCAGACCUCAGAUGUUCAGAUGUGGGCGUGAAACACCUGCACACCUUUCAAGAACCAAUCUCUCUGCCACCAGCUGACGCUCCUCACAUGCUGUCACACUGCUGAAGUCUUAAGAUGCCCUUGAGGACGUUGUUACUUCGCAAACCCACAUCUGGACGAUGGCAGAAGAGGCUAUCGAACCGAAAGGAGGUUUUGUCGGUCAACAUGAUCAGCCUUCCGCUGGGUGAUUUCCGUCACCUGUCUCACAUCGGCACGAGCGGACACACGGACAGCUUCGGAGACCUGUCGUUCCUGAAGGAGGGCCACAGUCUCCUGCUGCAGAGCUCCAAGAGCGAGCAGAACCUGUUCCUACCGCCGCCGCCCAAGCCGCCCCGCGUAAACGUAGAUGAAGCGGGCCGGUGCAGCCCGGUCUGGGAGUACGCGCCGGCCAAUCAGAGGCAGAAGUGCAGCUCGCUUCCCAUCCUGGACACGGAGGAAGACGAGGACACGUGUUCACACACAGAGCCGACCGGCAUCAGCUGGAGUCCUGCUCGCGGCAGCCUGAGCUCCGGACGGGAUUCGACCCAAACCAACCCAGAGGAAACACAGCCGGACCAAACAGACUCAGCGUUCGCGUUCAGUGUGGAUCUGGGGCCGUCUAUACUGGACGCUGUGCUGCAGGUGAUGGAUAAGUCCAUCACUAGUGAACUGGAAACCAGGGCUGUCGAAUAAAAAUUCGAAUUUCGAAUAUUUCUCGAAUUCAAAAUAAAAAUCCACAUUCGUUGCAUUCGAAUUAGGGAUGGGCGAUAUCUUAUCUUUUGCGAUAUACUGGUAAAAAAUUUAUUUAUUUUUUUGUCUCUUGGUGGAUGCAUAAGAUUCCCUGAAUUAUCGUCAUUGAUACCAUUAUCGCAAUAAAUACCAGAAAUUAUCGUGAUAUAUUUUUUAAGCCCGUAUCGACCAUCCCUAAUUCGAAUGCUUUAAAUUUUAAUAUAAUUCGAAUAUUGGUAAUAUUUAAGUACAAAAUUAAAAUUUAGCUUUUCAGCUAUUUUGACAGCCCUACUGGAAACGGCCUGGAACUCGCUGCAGGAAGCUUGACGGAAAAACAGCAGUGUUUCUGAUCAAACAUCUGAACUCUGGACAAUAAUAACAACACUCAAAACAUUGCUCAACCAGACAUUUCUUCCUGGAAAUGCAGUGUGCGUUUCAGACCAGCGUUUUGCUGUCCAAACCCCACACCCUUUUUUAAGAAAUACCCCCUUCGAAUGAAGUCUGUUAUAUAACGUUGUGUAACAGUCUGACUGUCCACCAUCAGAUAUUUCGUUAGUCAAUGAUUGCUGGAGUCUAGUUAAUAAUCGAGCAGCUUUUAUUUGGCCUCUUCAAACUGUGAUUUCCUUAUCUGCUUUCUGAGCUUCAGUACAGACAUUUACAGACUAAAUGAACAGUUGUAUGAUCUAUUAUAUCGAGCUAUAUUAUUUCUAUAAGGCAAACCUGUAAGGUCAGUUCAGUGACAAUCAGUCAGAUUAACUAUUAAUAUUAAUAUUCUACCAGUGGAAGGAGACAACAGUGAUUCCUUAAAAUGUUUUGAUGAAAAUGUAUGUAUUUAUCUAUGUACAUGUGCAUGUGCAUAUUAAAUUUUUUUAUUUUAUUUUUAAUAUGCAGUGAUUAUAUAAAUGCAAUUAUGCACUUGGUUGCUUAAAUAAAGUGCAACAAAACACUAAUCAAGCAUGCUAGUUUUUUUAUAUAAAAAAAAAGUAAUUCUCCUGUAGAAUGUAAUAAAAGCAUUUUUUUA